CUAAGAUAACGUGACUCCGACGACAAUGACUCUGUCAUCGCCUGUUUCCACGGCCUUGCAGCUGACCUUUCUUUAGGUUGAUCUAUACUCCUGUCAUUAGUGUCUCCUGUCGUAUAUCCAGAUGGACGAGAUUCGUCGGCAAACCACCCCAGUAAGGUCCAAGAAAGGAUGCCUCACCUGCCGGUCCAAGAAGGUCAAAUGCGACGAACAAAUAUCAGCAUGUGGUCGUUGUCGUCGCCUUGCUCUGAAAUGUGAAUGGGCUACAGCAUCUCAGUCCCGAGGGAGAGAUAAGGCGCGAUCGAAACCGAGGCCGGCACCAAAGAAGAUCUUACCAAACGUCCAUUAUGCUCACCUCGAUAUUGAUGUCAAUUAUAGCAGAGGUACAACAUCGGGAGAAAUAACUGAUGAUGCUGGUAUGCCUGCGGAAAGAAUACUCGCUGCGAACGGAACGACAGGUAUAGAAGAGUUUAUUACCUAUAGCGGGACGAACACUGCUGCAGCAUUGGACGAUUGGUAUCAAGAGUUGGGAUUCCCCUCAGAUUUUCUUGAUAUUGGCAACUUUACUGCCCAGGCAAACCUUGACGAAAGUCCGUCAGAAUCUUCUAGUGGACCCCUAUUUCCUCUACAAGUUGACGCCAAUGGCGAGUCAUCUCUCGGUGCUUACGAGGAACAUAGGGCAACCGUGUUAUCUGCCCCAUGGCUGGCAACCCUAACAAGUCCCUUGAACAUUUUCAGCCCUGGCCUCUCCACGCAAAAUAUAGUUCUAUCACCGUCCUUUGCACAAACGGCCGCUGAAACACAAGCGCUUCAUUACUACAAAACACACUUCCCAACAAUUAUGGUGACGAAAAAUGUGCGCUGGUCCACUCAUAUGGUUAUGCUGCGCCAUGGGUCGCAAACUCCGAUGGUCAUGCAUCUUCUUAUCGCCGCCUCUCUUAUGAACUUGGGAGCGAGUCAACAUUAUGAUGCUGAUAUCUGUUCUGCAGCGAGAGGACAUUCUAGGGCAGGUGUCUACCUUCUCAUAGAGGCCAUGAAUUCAAGCGCGGAGCCAGAUUAUUUGAAUGUACUGACGGCAUUCUUCUUCUUGUACAAAUAUAUGGCUGAGCAGAAGAAUACUAACGCAGAUGCCAUGAUCCAAUUCAGUCAUGCUGUCUGUGAGUAUGUCAAAAGGUACAACCUGGAUACAUUAUGUACCAAGUCGUUACUGUCCUGUAUAUCCUCUACAGAAGUUACUGCUAGGGUUUGCCUACCCCGAGACAAACAAGAAUGUCUCGCGCGGCUCAUUGUCUGGAUAUUUUAUGAAGAUGUUGCCGCUAGCAUUCGAGGACUUGGAGGCCUGCUAGCUAGCCAUUUAUGUGCUGAACCGGAACAGACUAAUGAAAUAUAUCAGUGUUCAACGACGAACCUAGAGUCAGCAUGGGGCCCCGACUAUCCAGAGAGUGAGAUUGUCGACGAUAUCGAGAAUGGACCGAUUCUCAAGUUCCUCUAUGAAGUUAUGAUGCUCUACACCGAAGUCAAUGAAGUCUGUCGGUCGUCAAUCCUUGUGGGCGAUUCGGAUACAAUAGAAGCAAAGCUUAUGAAGCUUGAAGAGCGUUCUAGAUUUCUCUUCCGGCUUACCACUAUCACGACUCAGCCACGCUCGCGUCUCAUGAUAAACGCGGAUUACAUGGUGUCGAACUUUUAUGCCCUGCGCAUCUACAAGUUCAGAUGUUUUCACUGUAAUGGCGUGUCUGCCAUUACCCCACCAGAAGUUCAGUCUUCUCUAACUGCUAUUCUCCAGAUUGCUCAGCGCUCGUUUUCAGUGAAACAACAAAGUCAGAUGAUUGAACGCUUUCAGUGGCCCCUGUUUAUAGCUGGAAUUGAGACUUCUGAUGGAAUUCACAAGGAGUGGAUUCGUACUAAAUUAAAAAAGAUGCGGCUUUCACGUGCAUUCAAGAGAAUAUUGGAAAUACAGGAUAAGACUGGAAGGAGGGUUUCUAUACCACUUGUUAGGCAAAUUAUGUGUGGCGAGGGGACUGCACUCACUGGUGGAGAACAUCAGCCACUGCCAUCUAUGGUUGACGGCAGUGUGUGUUUUGGUCAACUUGUUGAGGGUGGAGCAUAAAAUGACAAUGAGAUAGGUUAAUGUCUGCGAGGUAGGCGAGACGAUCUCGGCACUUAUGAUAGAAUGACCUCGAACCGAAUCAAACGUCUUAAUCUU